CCACUAAAAAUACUAUUUGUUCAAAUUCAAAUGCGCAAUUUUAAUCGAGACAAGAAAAACUCAACAUAUCCUAAAAUAAUAAUCAUUUUGUUGAAAAAGAAAAUUUUCUUUAAUUUAAAUUUUCGUGAAAUUAUUUUUAUAAAAAUUAAUUUUCAAUAUUCAACAUGAAAGUUAAAAUUUCAAUAAUUUUAUUCGUUUUCUGCUCUAUAAUUGGUAAUCAUCAAUUUAUUUCGGCCUCGAUCGACGUGAAUAAUGAAGCAACAACCGUUUCUGGACAAGAAAAUAAUGAAGAUUUAAUCACUGACCACGAAACGUUUAAUGCUGAAGAAGAAACUAAUUCUACCCCGGAAAAUACUAAAGCCGACGACGAUGUGUUUAAAAUUGAUGAAGGAACAACUGUUUCUGCACCAGAAAAUAAUGAAGUCACAGACGCACAAACCAGUCUUAAUGAAGAUUCAACAAAACCUUCUACAGAAUUACCUACCAUGAAACUUAAAAAUGAAGUUUUCGAUUCAUUUGAAAAAGCUAAAGAGAAGUGCGUCUUAACCUACGAGAUAAAGAUUCCUAAAACUUACAACUCAGAAGACUAUAAUAUUUAUUUAUUGUACUUCUGCAUAGACCAAAAAUAUAAAUCUUCUAAUUAUACGACAGCAGCUGAAAGUUGUAUUAAGAAAACUUCAGAUGGACACUACAUUUGCACCUGGUAAUCAUUGUUAAAUUUUAACUUGAAUUAUUUUUUAAGAAAAAUUAACAGUACAUUCUGUAAAAAACAUUCACAAAAUUCUAUGUAUGAAUAAAUAAAAUAUUAUUAUCAAUUAUAAA